GAGACAAAGAGCUCGCUCUCUUUCUCUUCUUCUUCGCUUCUCCAUUCCUCUUCUUGAGAAUUCUCUCUCUUGCUUUGCCAUCGGAGAAAUCAUCGAUGCCCUAGCUUUGAUCCUUGUUGUUGGGUUCGCAGAGGAGGGGAUCAGGGCUGAGAUUGAUCUCUCAGGUGGUGGGGAUCGCGCUCCCGCCUUUGAUUUAGCGGGAUCGGGAUUUGGUUAUUGGGACUUUGUUGAUGGAGCCCGGGGUGCAGUCGAAUGCGGCGGCGGCGGCGGCGGCUCCGGAGUUCCCGCCGAAGAAGCUCGUGCGGCAGCUUGAUUUUACCGCGAACUUCGGCACCCUGCCGGCGGCGGCUGCCCAGAGCCAGGCCCAUGCGACGGCGGCGAUGCAGUCUCAGGUGGCUACGUCGUCAAGGACGUCGAUUUCGAUGCCUCUGAAGAUAGAAUCUCCAAGAUCGCGGUCACGGCCUGUGUACGACGUGAAGGAUGGCACUCCAAAGAAGCAGAAACAAUGCAACUGCAAGCACUCUAGAUGCUUGAAACUUUAUUGUGAAUGUUUUGCAUCUGGGGUUCAUUGCGAUGGAUGCAAUUGUGUCAAUUGUUGCAACAAUGUUGAGAAUGAAGCUGUGAGGCAAGAGGCUGUUGGCCUUACGUUGGAGCGAAAUCCCAAUGCCUUCAGGCCUAAGAUUGGCAAUAGUCCACAUUCAAUAAGAGAUAUCAGAGAGGAUUCAGCAGAAUUUGCUUUAGUCGGGAAGCACAAUAAAGGUUGCCACUGUAAAAAGUCAAAUUGUCUCAAGAAGUAUUGUGAGUGCUUCCAAGCCAACAUUCUUUGCUCUGAAAAUUGUAAGUGUAUAGACUGCAAAAACUUCGAUGGGAGUGAAGAACGAAGAGCUCUCUUCCAUGGUGACCAUCCAAACAACCUAAGCUACAUGCAGCAGGCAGCCAAUGCUGCCUUGAAUGGAGCCAUUGGGUCCUCUGGUUAUGUUUCCUCUCCAUCUUUGAAGAAGAAACUCAAGGGGCUCCCUUUUGGCACAUCAGCAAAGGAUCAAGCUAUUCACAGGGUUGCACAACUCAAUCAGGUUAAUCCUCUGAAGACUUCAGGAACUGCUCCCCCUGGUAACCCAGUAGCACGUGCAGUUAAUUCUGCUUCCUCAGGAUCUUCUAAACUUGUAUACAGACCUCUUUUAGCAGAUAUUGUCCAACCAGAGGAUGUGAAAGAGCUCUGCAAGCUUUUAGUGGUAGUAUCUGCAGAGGCAGCCAAAACAUUUUCUGAUAGAAAAGUUCAUGAGGAAAAGCAUAAACAGAAGGGCGAUCAAACAGAAAGCUCUCAUGCCUUGUCAAACCAAGAUGGAGAUCAUAACAAGAAAGCACUGCCUGAUGAUCGCUCAAGUGGAACUACCUCAGAUAAAAUGAGCACAGAAGAGUUUACGUCUGACUCAACUGAAAUGCAGAAAGGCAGUCGGCCAAUGUCUCCGGGGACACUAGCAUUGAUGUGUGAUGAACAAGACACAAUGCUAAUGACAUCCCAAAACUCUGGUGCACCUCCAAGGUUUUUGUAUGACCAGAGUGUGACCGAGGUAUACGCAGAACAAGAGCGGUGUGUGUUAACAGAAUUUCGAGACUGUCUCCAAAAGCUUAUAACACGUGCGAAAGUAAAAGAAGAAAAGUAUGCUUCCAUGGCCAUGAAAUCAGAAGCAUCCAGUAGUCAGCAAGGACCUGUAAUUAAUGGCAAUGCUAGAGUUCCUAUGCCAAGUCCGGCAGAGCUAUUGCGGUCAUCAAACACGUUCCCUAUUUCUUUCCAUAACUUCUUGCCUCCAAAAUUAGGUCGAUCAACCACCGAAAACGGCAACAUUGACUCCAAGACAGAGAACUUGGAUCUGUAGAAAGAAUAAAUGAAGAUAAUGGUGGAAAUAUAUGCUCAAUCAUGUUGUUGCAUCCCUGUAUAACAUCUGAUGGCCUCUUUUGUGUGCUGUUGGAUGUUUGUAGUCACUUGUGAUCUCUGAAUUUCUAUAUUUGAUCAAUAAUCAAUCAAUUUUCAUUGAGCCCAUUUUUUCAA